AGUAAAGAAUUACUUUCAGGUGUAGGUAAACUAAUACUGUCAAGUUUUAGUUAAUUAUAACUGAAUAAAAACAGUUUUGUACCUAAUAAAAUUUUGUCUAAUUGAAAUAAGGAAUUGAAAUUAUUGUGCUAUUAUCUAACUAAGCCAAUCAUGUCAUCCUUCAUGUCCAUUGGAAGUAACAUUUCUUCUAAUUUACGUUACUUAGGAGCUUUCAACUGCCACGUGCCAUCAGUCCUACCAAGAUGGCCUCACCAACACAGAAACGUGUUGCGCAGCUGUGGGUCGUCACAAUACAUUUUCUCACAGAAGCUUCACACCUCAUCCAGGAGGCUAUAUCAGGAUAAAUACGACCUAACAGAAGAUGAAGAUGAUGAUGAAUAUAGACAGAGGAGUCGGAGGGGACCAAUGAGGGGGAGGUAUGGGGGUGGCCAAAGCUGGAACAACAGAAGACAAAAUUUUGACAAUUCAUCUUUUCGGCCUCGUCAUAAUCAAAAAUUUUCGGAUAGUUUCUCUGAAGACACUAAACCCAUCAAUCUUGAGGAUCUGCCACCUCUUAAAAAAGAUUUCCUCAAUCUCAAUCCUGAAUUGAUGGAUCAACCUAAAGAACACCACCAGGACUUCUUGCGUCAACAUAAAAUCAUAAUUAGUGGACAAGACAUACCGCCUCCAAUUCAAAAAUUUCAAGAUCAUGAGUUUCCUGAGGGAAUUAUGAAGAGUUUAGCCCAAUUUGAUGCCCCAACUCCCAUUCAAGCUCAAGGAUGGAGCAUAGCACUCAAAGGCCUGGACAUGGUUGGAAUAGGACAAACGGGCUCCGGGAAGACACUGGGGUACCUGCUGCCAGGCCUCCUGCAUGUUUCCCACCACCAGCAACUCUACGCCCAACACCAGAAACUGCAACGUGAUGCUCCAAUAGGACUUGUUCUUGCUCCUACAAGAGAGUUGGUGCAGCAAAUCUUAGCAGUUGCUUCUGAGUUUGGUCCUAAAGUUCAUGUUGAGUCCGUGGCAAUGUUUGGAGGAGCCUCCAGAGAUGUCCAACUUGGCACCUUUUACAAGAGAUCUGCUAAGCUAGUGGUGGCGACCCCUGGGCGGCUCAUUGACUUCCUGGAGAGCGGACAGCUGCGUCUUGGCCAGUGCAGCUUCGUGGUGCUGGACGAGGCUGACCGCAUGCUGGACAUGGGCUUUGAGCCGCAGAUCAGCAGCAUCAUGCAGCACACCAGGAGUGACCGCCAGACGCUGAUGUGGUCCGCCACGUGGCCCUCUGAGGUCCAGCAGCUCGCGUCCAGCUUCUUGUCGGACGCCGUGCAGCUCACCGUCGGGUCCACGGAGCUCAAGGCAAACCCCGACAUCGUACAACACGUCCACGUCGUGGAGUUCCUUGAGAAAACUGCUUUGCUGAAGAAGUUGCUGCGGGAGGGGCUCACCCAGAACCCCGAAGGCAAGGCGCUGGUGUUUGCGCAGAGUCAGCGCGAUGUGGGCAAGAUUGUGCAGCGACUGAGGGACGGCAGUUUCCAGUGCGGCUUCAUACACGGCGGCCUCGAUCAGCUGGCNCCCCCAGACAUCCCGGACCUGAGCUGCGUGAUCAACCACGACAUGCCGGACACGGUGGCGACGUACGUCCACCGCGUGGGGCGGACGGGUCGGUGCGGGCGCCCUGGCGUCGCCCACACGUUCUUCUCGCAGCGCAACAUCAGCAAGUCGGUGGCUCUUGUGCACCUCCUGCAGGAGGCGGGACAGAGGGUCGACCCAAAGCUCCUCUACAUGGCAGCCAAGCGGCGCUUCACGCCCUAUGGGGACAGUGAAGUGUUCCUGCCCUUUGUGCCUGAGAAAACAGGUGUGUUCCUGCCCUUUGUGCCUGAGAAAACAGGUGUGUUCCUGCCCCUGUCUCUUAUACACAUCUAG